UUCAUGUCUUCUCAAAGAAAAUAACUAUCCAACAUGGCGAAGAGCCAUGUCCAAUGCAUUACUUGCCAAGAACAAAUUUGGCUUUGUUGAUGGAACUUUGCUGCGACCAGAACCAGAUUCAGCAGAUCUUGCAAUAUGGAUCAAAAACAACUCCAUGAUUAUCUCAUGGAUAUUUAAUUCUCUUGACUCAUCUCUUCAUGACAGUGUUGUUUUUUUUGAUACAGCUAGGGAGAUAUGGGUCGAUCUUGAAGAACGUUUGUCACAAGGAAAUGCACCUCGAGUGCAUCAACUAAGAACUGAGAUAGUGAAUACGCAGCAGAAGGAUAUGUCAAUUGCUGCAUAUUACACAAAGCUUAAGGGACUUUGGGAUGAGUACAACGCUUAUUCUCAAAUUCCGCCUUGCACUUGCGGUUCGGCCAAAGCAAUUGCUGUUGAGAAAGAAAAAGAAAAGGUUCAUCAAUUCUUGAUGGGAUUAAAUGAAAAAUAUAAUGUGAAAAGCAACAACAAAUUGCAACGACAAGAGGGGCAACCAUUGUUGAAGCAGCUGCAUUUGCUGCAUCCAAAAACAACCUGAAGGCUGUGACACGAAGCAACAAUGGUAACCGAGACACAUCAAAGCUGUAUUGUGAACAUUGCAAGAAAAAUAAACACACAAAGGAGACAUGUUUU